AUGAAGCCUGGAUCUGAACUUGCGUGUCUUUUAAAAAAAACACAACUUAUUAUAUGGGAUGAGGCUCCUAUGAUUCAUAAACAUGCCUUUGAAGCAUUGGAUAGAACCUUAAAAGAUAUAUUGAUGCCUGAUUGUUCAAAUAGCGAAGCUUUACCAUUUGGAGGAAAGGUAAUUGUAUUUGGUGGUGACUUUAGACAGAUUCUUCCUGUUGUUCCUAAUGGCUCUAGACAGGAUAUCGUGAAUGCUUCCCUGAGUUCGUCAUAUAUAUGGAAUAAAUGCAAGUUACUAAGGCUAACAAAAAACAUGAGGCUUACUGUUGGCAUGAAUCAUGGUGAUAUUGACAAGACAAAAGAGUUUGCUAAAUGGCUUUUGGAUAUUGGCGAGGGAAAACUUGGUGGUCGCAACGACGGAGAAGCUCUUAUUGAUAUACCUCAAGAACUUUUGAUUACUGAGUCCACUAACCCUAUUGGUAAUCUGAUCAACUUUGUGUAUCCGUCGAUACUUGAAUCGUUCAAUGAUCCAAAUUAUUUUCAGGAAAGAGCCAUACUUGCUCCUAAGAACGACGUUGUUCACGAGAUAAAUGAUACCUUAUUAGCAAUGUUUCCUGGUGAUCAUAAAGAGUAUCUAAGUUCAGAUUCCAUUUGCCAAUCUGAGAAUGUAACUGACCAUAUUCGACACAAUGUUUACCCCCCCGAUGUUCUAAAUGGUCUUAAGGUUUCAGGAAUGCCGAAUCAUAAAUUGGUUUUAAAAGUUGGUGUUCCUAUCAUGCUGUUACGUAACCUUGAUCAGAAAAACGGUCUGUGCAAUGGUACAAGAUUACAAGUCGUAAAACUUGGUGAUCGGAUUAUUGAAGCCAAAGUGAUUUCUGGUAAUAAUAUUGGUACUAGAACUUUUAUACCAAGGAUCAAUCUUUCCCCCUCUGACAAACGAAUACCUUUCAAGCUUCAAAGAAGGCAAUUCCCGAUAGCUGUGUGUUUUGCAAUGACGAUAAAUAAAAGUCAGGGACAGUCGUUAUCUAAGGUUGGUUUGUUUCUAAAGCAGCCUGUUUUCACUCACGGACAACUAUAUGUUGCAGUUUCAAGAGUCAAAAGCAUGGAUGGUUUAAGGAUGUUAAUAUUAGAUGUUGAGGGAAACGUUACUAAUAAGACUACAAAUGUUGUAUACAAAGAGAUAUUCUCAAAUUUAUAG